UGGGAGGAGACGAAACUGCUGGACUUCAGUGAGAUUACACAAGUGAAGCGGGAGACCCAGCUCACCCAGCCGGUUCACCAUGAUACAAAGCUCCGAUAACAAGAUUCUGAAUGGAGAGACCUGUCACCGGACGAGCCAAGCGAAAAAAGUGGCCGGUAACGGGUUCGUGAAGAACCACUGCUUGUUCCAGCAGCCGCAGAAGAGAUUCCGCCGCCCGGCGGAGAAGCAGAUCCAUCAUGUUUCAUGCACUUCAUCACUUUACAACAAGCCAUUUGUGGAGUCGUUUGAGGAGACGCCGUUGCUCGUGGCCGUCCUCACCUACAUGGGCUAUGGCAUCCUCACCAUUUUUGGAUAUCUGCGAGACUUCCUAAGGGAAUGGAAGUUUGAAAAGUGUCACCUGGCCAGAGAGAGAGAAGAACAGAAGGAUUUUGUUCCACUGUACCAGGACUUUGAGAACUUCUACACCAGGAAUCUGUACAUGCGGAUCAGAGAUAACUGGAACAGGCCCAUAUGCAGUGUCCCAGGAGCCAAGAUGGACCUGGUGGAGUGGGUCACACAUGACUACAACUGGACUUUUGAACACACAGGGAAGAUUGUGAAGGAUGUGAUUAAUAUGGGCUCAUAUAACUACCUUGGCUUUGCGGAGAAUUCCGGCACAUGUGCUGUUGCUGCUUCAGAGUGCACUAUGAAAUAUGGUGUGGGUGUUAGCAGCACCAGGCAGGAAAUUGGUAAUCUUGACAAGCAUGAGGAGCUGGAGGAGCUGGUGGCCAGGUUUUUAGGGGUGGAGUCGUCCAUGGUGUUUGGAAUGGGCUUUGCUACAAACUCCAUGAAUAUUCCUGCUCUUGCAGGGAAAGGCUGUCUGAUCUUAAGUGAUGAACUCAAUCAUGCCUCUCUGGUUCUGGGAGCUCGUCUCUCUGGCUCUACCAUCCGUGUAUUCAAACACAACAAUAUGCAGAGUCUGGAGAAGCUGCUUCGGGAUGCUAUCGUGCACGGUCAGCCCAGAAUCCACCGACCCUGGAAAAAGAUCCUCAUCCUAGUGGAGGGAAUUUACAGUAUGGAGGGCUCAAUAGUGCGACUUCCAGAGGUCAUUGCCCUCAAGAAGAAAUACAAAGCCUACCUGUAUCUGGAUGAGGCGCAUAGUAUCGGGGCACUAGGAGCGAGAGGCAGAGGUGUGGUGGACUAUUUCGGUCUGGAUCCAACUGAUGUUGACAUCAUGAUGGGCACAUUCACCAAGAGCUUCGGAGCUGCUGGAGGAUACAUCGGAGGAAAGAAGGAGCUGAUAGAUUACCUGCGCUCACACUCUCACAGUGGAGUUUACGCUACCUCAAUGUCACCACCUGUCACUCUGCAGAUUAUCACUUCCAUGAAGUGCAUUAUGGGAGAGGAUGGCACAACAUUGGGUCAGGAAAGACUUCGUCAGUUGUCAGAAAACACAACCUACUUUCGCAGGAGACUCCACGAGAUGGGCUUUAUCAUUUACGGGAACAAUGACUCCCCUGUUGUACCCUUGAUGCUUUAUAUGCCAGCUAAAAUCGGAGCGUUCGGGCGGGAGAUGUUGAAGAGGAACAUUGGUACAGUGGUGGUUGGGUUUCCCGCCACACCCAUCAUUGAGUCCCGAGCACGUUUCUGUAUCUCUGCUGCCCACACCAGAGAGAUGCUUGACACAGCUUUAAACGCCAUCAGUGAAGUGGGGGAUCUACUUCAGCUGAAAUACUCACGAAACAACAGGCUCAGGAGCGAUGAGACUGACUAUUUUUCAUACCUUGAGAGUCAUCAGGACUAGCACUUUCCAGCCCUCCUGACAGACUGACUGCAUCUAUCUUCCACCUAGGCUUUCCACCCCAGAGCAACAUGUUCUUCUUGUUCGUCUGUUUUGUUUGUUUAAAUUAUUUGUCGUUUUCAUGGUUAUUAAUUUCUGUGGGCUUAUACUGAUUGUAGCCCACCGAUUGACCACAUUUCAAGUCUUACCCCUGUGGUCAGAAGCCAACAUUCAUUUCAUUGUGCAAUAUCAACAGUAAUUGAAACUUCAUAUCUCUGUGUUUUUAUUCCUGUAUGACACAGAAUAAAAUUUAAAGGAACAGUUCACCCAAAAAUUAAAUUUCAUAAUUUAUUCACCCACAUGUCGUUCAAAGAAUAUGCAAUGACUUUCUUUCAUCAAUGGAAAACGAAAGGGAAGUUUUUGAAGAAUCUUCAGACUUCUCUUUUUCAUACAACAAAAGAGGACAAUGAUUUUUCCAGUCAAGAUUCAAAAAGGACAAUAAAGCACCAUCACAGUAGUCCAUAUGACUUGUGCAAUAUAUUCCAAGUCGUCGGAUGCCAUACGUUAGCUUGGUGUGAGGAACUAACGAAAUUCAUCACAAAAUAGCUCUUAAAUGUCAUUUUCAAACCAACCCACAAUGGCUUUGCUGUCCUUUAGGGGUGUAACGGUUUAUCGUGGCACGAUACAUCGUGGUUCUAAAAUGUGACGAUGGGCAUCGUGGAGAUUGGACUUUUUUAUUAUUAUUAUUUUAGCGUCUUUUCUAUCCAAUACAUACAAUGUUUUUAGUUCCACUACAUCUCUGAUGGAUCAUUCAGCACUUUUAAAAACAGUACUUUUAGCUACAUUUUAAAGGAAAGGAACUGUUUUGCAUGUGUCUUUAAAGUAAUAAUAAUAAUAAUAAUAAAACUUUCUUAAAAAUCGUAACUUUCUUGAUUUAGGCUCAGUUUAAAGAAUUGUGAACUAAACCAAACCGUGAGUUCAGUUUUGCGAACCAAAUCGUGAGAUGAGUGAAUCUUUACACCCCUACUGUCCUUGUACAACCUGGCAUUACGCAUCUGAAGGCAUCAUUUUUUAAUUGAACAUUAGCGCAAAUGAGAUUUGAAUCAUCGGAGGGGAAGAUUAUUAGUGAAUAAUGCCUUAAAUUUUGACUUGUUCCUCACACAAAGACAUCAAGUGGCUUCAGAAAACUUAGAAUAUAGCACAAAAUCAUAUUGACUACUUUUAUGAUGCUUUUUUUUUAUGAACUGUCAUUGUUUGGAAAAGAGCCGUAUGAACUAAAAGUAUCUUCUUUUUUCAUUCCAAUAACGAAAGAAAAUAGUACAGUUUGGAACCACAUGAGGAUGAGUGAAUAAUGGCAGAAUUUUCAUUUAUUAGUGAACUAUACCUUUUUUUGAGGGGGGUGGGGGGGAAGACUAACUCGAUACAUUAGUAUUUUGUUUCAGGCAGUCCAAUCUUUUCCACAGUUCAAGACAAAGUUGUGUUCUGUUGAGAAUGAGCUUUUAAUGAGAAAUAUACUUAUGGAGAAAAUGUAUUAUUGUUCAGCAGUAAAUUAGAGCAUUAAUAUUCAUAAAAAUAUGUAUAUCUAUCAAAAGAUUGACAGAGAUAUUUAUUAAUACACAUAUAUAUAGUAUAUUUGCAUUUCAAUUGUCAAAUACUAGCUUUGUGUAGGUCCACAAAACUUCAUAGCAAAUCUUUUCAAAAUCCCGAUUUCAUUGUAUACAUGUUAUCAAUGUCUCCAUGGCCUUGAGGAAUAUUGAUAACCUUUUUACAGCUUUAUUGUUAUGGGAAAUGAUUUACAGUUGUCAGUGUUGAUCAUAUGUUCUGUAUCUUAAUUUGAUUUGACUUACUUUAAUAUCUGUUACUCACUGACAAUUCACAUAUCUGACAAUUUCGUCUUAAGUGUAUGGUGUCUUAGCCAAGAAAUCUUUCAUGCCUUUGCAUAAUUUUAAACAGACAUAGUCUGACAUGUUUCACAUUUUAUUAUUUCUGUCUGUUGCUUACAGACUGCAGCGAAUAGAUGUUCAUGUUGCCUUUUUAUUGUUAUAUAGCUGCUUUUGACUUUCUAUUUUUAUGUUGAGAGUUAAAGUAAUGUUAUCUAUUUUUAAGAAUACUUAUCUUGUGUUCCUCACAGAAAUGCUAAAUACGGGUCACUGAUGUGAAAUGAAGUACUCCGUUAUGUCUGUAUGUAUGAUGGUGUGGCUUACGAAUGACGGAUGUAAAUUUUUGUUUUUUCUGUUUUUUAUCUUCUUUGUUUUCUGAAGUCUUGUUCUUAAUCGGACAGGCAGCUCUAUAUAUGUCUCUGAAUGCACGGGACUAUAUGACCUCAGAGCUACUGAUGACUGUUAAGAGAUGCAGAUAUGACGUUGACACAGGCUAUAUGCAUCAGCCUCUACAGAUACAAGUAAAGCAACCGAGCUGCAUUCGACUGUGAAACCAAAGGGCAUUCCACAAUGUGUUUGUUUGUCUCUUACUCGUUUUCAGUUUUUACUUUCAGCAAAUACACACGCUCUAUCACAAUUUUCCUCUGUGUACUUGCAUAAGAAAUCGUGGCAUUCACUGAAUGUGGUUGUUUAAUCAUUUGUUUUAACAGAUAAUUAAAUAAUAUAAGAACUGGAAGUGUCAAAGAAAACAGUUGUUUUAUUUCAUGUCUAUGAGACAAGUUAAAUGUAUGUCAUAGUAAUUAGAUAAGAAUGGUAUCGUAAGAGCUUUCAGCAGGUUCCAGUUGCUGUUCAUUGCCGUGGUUAAAGUAACCUUUAUAAAUAACUACUUUAGAGCUUUCUUAAAAACCUCACAGCUCAGUUUGCUCUAUUGAGGGAAACUGUCCAUAAAAUUGUGAGAUUAAACCUUUUACUUGACACUCACAGAUUUAGACUUGUGUAACAGACAAUGGUGGAAUAAAGAAAGUACAGUCUGCUUGUUUAUGCAGAACAAACCCAUGACACAUCUGUUGCAAAGCCUUGAAGGAGUUUAUUUUGCUGUAAUACGCAGCUACUUAUCAAAUAAAUAAAUGGACAUGAUGUUGAUU